UGUCCAGGUAAGACGUCACUCUUCAGCCACUUUCUGUUUUAUCGUUCUGCCGCAUCGUUCCACGCGAGUUUAAGUCAGCAACAGUUUUCUCACCUGUUACUCGUUUGCCGCCGCGUUCUUACAUCGGUUUAAUAACAUAAACAGUAGUUUUUUAAUUUUUCCGCUCCGAUAAAGCUAGCGAUUUACAAUCGACUUAAAAUAUUUGUUACGGGAAACGUUUUUCGUGUUCGCGUGUGUACUUUGGUCCGCGCCCUUCGAUCACUACUAUCUAAGUCUAGGUCGACCCGGUGUGACACUACAUAAUUGAACUGCCUAACUUAAACCGAACCGUUUUGCGUUGUCUAAAUUCUUCUGUACGGGCAAGUCCACGCACUUGCGCAAGGUAAGGUCGACCCGACGCGACGUUUCAUUAUCGAACUAAUUUAAACCGAACAAUUUUUGUGUUACUAAAUUCUUGUCUACAAGCGAGUCCCGCGCAUUUACGUGCUUCCGUACACUACACUUGCGUAAGGUAAGGUCGACACGACGCGACGUUUCAUUAUCGAACUAAUUUAAACCGAACCAUUUUGCGUUGCUAAAUUCUUGUCUAGUGUAACCUAACCUAUCUCUGUCGUUCGUUAUCAUUUUCUUCAGUAGUGUCUGCUAAUCGGUACAACAGGUGUUGCGAAACGAGUGAAAAGUUCGAACAUUAAUCUACUCAUUCAAACUAUCGAUUGUCAUUGAUCUUCGUGGCAUAAGCAACUACUGUCAAUCGUCAUCCGUCUGCGAUCACCAGCUGUCCGAUUAAUCUCCAUCUCUAUUAAUUUAUUGUUCUUAAUGCCCAUUGUUUCUUAUCUUAAUUUGUCAAUAAUUCCACUUUUUCCCGUUUUUGUUCACCUACUCGUAUUUUCUUUUUUCUUUUUUCUGUUAUAAUUUUUAUUUCCACGUUAUAAUAUCCUCUUAAGUUUGGUGUUUACUGCUACAACUACACCGGUUACAGUAAUUCAACCAAUCGGACGCCUCAUUGAAUCGUGGAAGAGCGGUAUUACGUAAAACCACAUGGCAUAAAGCCUACCGUACUGCCGUCAUUUAUUCAAACAUUUGUUGAAAGAAGUGCUAUCAUCAAAUUUGGUAAUAUCUUUUUACCAUGUUCACGGUGAGAGAGCGAGGCAGUGGCAGUCCAUGGGAAGAUUUCAAUCUAACUCAAUUGAUUGACUUAUUCCCUCAAGCAGUUGUAAAAUCACCCGACGAAUUUUUCAGAGAUCUGAGGGAAUCAUCAUCAGAAUUACCACCAGAUAGUGUUAUUCGUGAAAAAUACGUAGAAGUUGACUUUUAUAACUAUUUUGAUCCGGUCACUGAAGAGAAUACAGUGAUUUCAACCAUGCAUCAUAAUAUUUUCAAUAAUCCAAAUAUAUCAAUUACUCCUAGUUCACCGUCACCAAAACAACCUCCAAUAGCUUCUACCAGCCGACCACCAUGGAUUGCGCCAGUAUCACCACCAAUUUCAAUUGUACCUGUAUCUUGUGAGCCAGAUAAAUCAGUUUCAAAUAAUAAAGAAACUCAAAAACAUUCUAAAAGAACUGCUCCGUAUCAGAUUUCUAAUCGGACAAUUAAACACGCUAGACUCUCCAUUACUAAACCUCCCAAUGCUCGUAAAGAUAACAAGGCAAUUACAAAAGGUGUUAAAGUAAACCAAAUAAAGAAAAAUGAUUCAGUAGUUUCUAAUACCAAUCUAACUAAAUCUAUUCCUUCAACAUCAAAUGCUGUAAUCCAAUCUACACAAGAAGUUGCUUCUGCACAAUCUACAAAUGAAGAAUUACAACCAUUAAAUUCAGAAUUGAAUUGUAAGGACAAUUCUUCGCAUUUAGAUAAUGAUAAGAAAGAGAAUGGAUUCCACAGAAAGUAUUGCUUAUACAAUAAUGAAUACCUGUUGCAUCAUUUAAACAUUGAUAAUGAUGACACUACUGAAAAAUCCCAAGACAUGGUUGAACUACGAACUAUUAAUGAAAAAUUUUGGUUCAAACAAUCUCUUUCGGAUGAACUUCUUCAAAAUGUCCGUUUAUUGAUACAAAAUAAAACUGCUGACGAAGAAGAAUUUGAAAGUAUAAUAAAAUCUUCACCUUGCUUACAACUCCCUAAAGUUGAUUGUUCAAGUUCCACUUCAACUAAUUCUAAAAGCCCAGCUAGUCAAAAUAAUAUUAAUUCAAUAAACCCACCUAAUCAAGUCGGUAUAAAUAAAUCACAGAAACAAACAACCAUCCAACAACAGCCAUCUAAACAAACUAUUAAAUCAUCUAAUAUCAUCAAACAACAAUCUACUUCAACAAAUAUAUCUUCAAAAAUGCAACAUUCUACAAUUAAUCAAACUGACCCAAAACAUCAUGUACCAAAUAACCAACACAUUAAUACUCCUCUUAAAAAACAUACUAAAGCUACAGCAACACAUAUUCAAACAUCAAAUAAAAAGAUAACCAACAAUAAGCAACUUCCCACAUCUUCAAAACUAGUAUCAACUACUAAAAAAGUAGUUAAUAUACAUCAGAAUGUGAAAAAACCAGCAAUACAUCAGCCGUCAAUUAAUGAUGUAAAAAAAUGUAUUAAGUGUAAAGCUUUAUCAAAGGAUGAGACAUGUGCAGCAUGUCAUAUGUCUUCACAUUUAAAAAAUGUUACGGUCACAAGGAUUGGAACUCCUAGUACUUCAACUGUUGUACAUCCUGAGAGUCCUACUAUGCGGCCCUCAAAGCUCAUUGAUGUUCCUUCGUGUUCUAAAAAUUCUGUCUCAUGUGAGGCACCACUUGUGCUUUUGUUGUCAUCCGGAGAUGAAGAUGAAGAAGAAGAAGAAGAAGAAGACUCUCUGGAACCCAACAUUACUAAAAUGGAGACCAAAGAAGCAUUAAAGAAACAUACUGACAAAUUAUGUUUGAACCCUAAACUUUUGGAAGAUAGGUUAUGGCAGAAAGACUUGAGUGUUAAAGAUUAUUAUAAAAUUGAGGAAUGCCAUUCUGUACAUAUUGGUAGUUUUAAAACUGUACCAGCACCUUCUGGAGAUAUGUUAGUUUGUUUGCAUGGAAUACGUAUGACUAUAAAAGGUCUUGAAUCGGAGCCAGUGACUAUUGAUUUACAAAUGGACAAUGUUGUGAAAAUUUUGGGUUAUCAUGGAGAAAAUCCUUUAAUUAUAAUUUACACUAACCAUUUAGCUGCAGCUGGCAUUCAGUUUUUAUUAAAUAUGAAUGAAGACAACAAAAAUCAUUUCUAUGAUCCACUUAGUAAAGAUAUCACUCUAAAUAAAAUUGUUUGGUUUUUUAAUUUAAAAAGACCUGAGAUACAGCACUUGGAAAAAUUACUAUUAAAAUUACCUAAAAGGAAGUAUGCUCCUUUGACGAUAAAUCAAGUAAAUACAAUUCUUGGCUCGACGAUACUACAGGACGAAGAAGAUAUCAGAAGACUGGAAAAACAACGAGCUGACGAAGAAGAGGCACGAAUAAAUGCCAUUACAAUACUUCAAGAUCGGUUAGGUGAGAGGUCUUCAGUCAUCAAAAUAAAUGAUUAUAAGAUGUUGAAUUCAAAUGAAUUCAUUAAUGAUAUUCUUAUAGAAUUUUAUUUAAAUUAUUGGUAUACUCAAAAAUUAAGUGAGGAAGAUAGAAAACGAACGUAUGUAUUUAGUACAUACUUUUAUACUACUCUGGCGAAAUCAUUUAAUGCCUCUGAUUAUCCAGCACACUACACAGCAUCACAGAUAAGACAUCAAAAAGUAAAAAAAUGGACUAAAAAUGUAGACAUAUUCAAAAAAGAUUUUGUUUUUAUACCUAUAAAUGAAAAUUUCCAUUGGUUUAUGGCGGUCGUGUGUUUUCCUUACCUUUCAGGUAAAGUUAAUAUGAAAGAUGGAACUCCAGUAAAAGCAUCUGAUGAUAAUACUGAUCGAUAUCCAGUGCCACCAGUCGAUUCUUAUGCUCAUGAUCGUAUUGAAGCUGACCCUAAUGUUGAAGAUCUUUGGUUGUUUGAUAUGGCAUCAUCUUUCAAUCUAACAUAUAAUAAACAAGGAGUUAAUUAUGAAAUUGAUUCUGCGGUUACAAAAAGAAGCAGACAAAUACAAAUUAAACGGCCUUGCAUUUUAUUAUUUGAUUCUUUAUCUGGUGGUGUUCACCGUGCCAGAAUCACAGCUACAUUGCGUGAUUGGUUAGAACAAGAAUAUAUGGCCAAGUAUAAGGGGAAAAAAAAAGACUUUAGCCCUAAAGCUAUAAAAGGAGCUUUGAUUAGAGUACCUCAACAACCUAAUUAUACAGAUUGCGGCCUUUUUGCGAUUCAUUUUUUUAAAAGAUUUUUUGAAAGGCCGAUUGUAGAUUAUACUUUGCCGAUUCGUCAUUUAGAAAAUUGGUUUUCUAUUGAUGAAGUUGCUAAGAACUGCCAAAAAAGAAAAGAAUUACAAAGUAUUAUAUUUGCUAGGAUGAAAGAGCGAGGGUCUGUUUUGCCCGAUGAUGUACAAUUGCCAAUUCUUAAUUUUACUGACCCUCCCAUUAAAAUACCACAAAACCCUCAUCAAAAAAAUACAAAUCCAGCCGAUGUACCAAACUCGACAAAUCGUGUCAAUUCACCAAGUUUAAGACCUUCAACUUCUAAUUAUCAAUCAAAUCCUAAUCCUACAAAUGAAUUACAACAUCAAGUUAUUCAAAACAACAGCGGGUAUAAUCAUCCUUAUUUUGAAACCCCUGUUUAUGACGAUUCAGAUGAUAUUGACAGUUAUGAUGAUGAUGAAGUAGAAAGACAAUUUGAUGAAAAUGAUCAUUAUGAUGAAGGAUCUCCUGAAAACUAUCAAGAAGAUUACAAUGUAGAACAAUAUGCAGAUCUUCAGAAUCAUAGAGAAUAUUUUCCUGAAAAUACACAGCAAGUAGAUGACGACGUAGAUCCAAUACCGAACUCUGAUGAUGAACAGUUAAUUGAAUAUCAUCAACAAUCUUCUAACAAUGGAAAUUUAGUAGUUAAUGAUCUUCACUAUGGAUUGAGCAAUCGCAGAAAUCUAAUUAACAUUCAAAAUAUUUCUAACGAAAACCGCCAAUCCUUUAGACCAAACAUCCAUGACUAUGAUGACUAUGAAAUGGAAGGUGAUGAUGACUAUGAAAUUGAAGGUGAUGAUGAUGGUGAUGAUGAUGGUGAUGAAGAAAUAGAUGAAGAAGAAGAAGAAAGAAAUUACAAUGAGUCCAACUCUACAACAAAUCAUAAUAGACGUAAAAUUCAUUUUAAUCAUAGUAGACUAUCAAAUUAAAUUUAAUUAAAAUAAAUCGAUUAAAAACAUGUUAUAAAUAAUCUCAUUAAAAUGUUAAGACCCGUUUGACGUUAUUUAAAAUUGUAAAUAUUAUGAUAUACUUGUAAGUAAAAAAAUUACUUAUUAACAAAGAAAAGUAAAAAAUACUAAGAUUUAUUAUUUAAAAAUAGAUGUUUGAUUUAUUAAUGUUCAUUCCAAUUGAUCUGCUUUUAAAAGCAGUUUUUAAAAUAUAUUUUAUUUGGGUCAUUUUAAUUUGAUAUCCUUAUUUGGUUAGAAUUUGUUUUGACAUUUAUGUUAUGUAUAUAAAAAUCCAUGUGUAUUAAAAGUUUAAAGUUUAUAUUUCAAUAUGUUGUUAUCAUUGUUGUAAUGUAUAAUACAUAUGGUUUUUAUGGUUUAUAACAAUGUAAUUAAUUUUGAUAAUAUAAAUUAUACACGUAUAAAUAUUUUUUUUAAA